UAGCGCGCGGGGGCCGGUCCCCGCAGCGGGUGCGGGUAGCGGCGCCCCUCCCCCCUACCGUCCGCAUGGAAUCGGGGGGUCGCCGCGGCCUGGCCUCGGCGGGGGGGCCGGUCUCGGCGACCCCGAUGCUAAGGCAGGAUUCGGGGACCGGGGCUGAGGCGCGGGUUCGCGGCCCCGGUGCCGUCAGAGCCCGUCGCUUCCUGCUCUGUCUUUACCUGGUGGGCUUCUUGGAUUUGUUUGGUGUCAGCAUGGUCAUCCCUCUAUUGAGCCUUCAUGUCAAGUCUCUUGGAGCAAGUCCAACAGUUGCUGGAAUAGUAGGCUCCUCCUAUGGCAUUUUGCAGCUCUUUUCCAGCACAUUGGUGGGCUGCUGGAGUGAUGUGGUUGGAAGACGGUCUUCCUUGCUGGUGUGCAUUCUUUUCAGCGCCCUGGGUUAUCUGAUUCUUGGAGCAUCCACCAAUGUGUUCCUGUUUGCCCUUGCUAGAGUUCCUGUGGGUAUUUUUAAACAUACCCUCUCCAUUUCAAGGGCUCUGCUUUCUGAUCUGGUUGCAGAGAAAGAACGGCCAUUAGUAAUUGGACAAUUCAACGCAGCAUCUAGUGUGGGCUUCAUCUUGGGCCCCAUGGUUGGUGGAUAUCUUACUGAGCUAGAUGGUGGAUUUUAUCUGACAGCCUUCAUCUGUUUUUCUGUCUUCAUUCUCAAUGCUGGUCUGGUUUGGCUGUUUCCCUGGUGCGAAGCGAAGCUCUCCAGUGCAGAGAAAGGCCUGCCAGCGAGGGAGGACUCUGCACCCUGGGGGAGGACAGACAGUCACGGGCAGGCAACAGCCACCCCCCGCCGGAGCACGGCCAGUGCCCGGCCUGCCAGGCCGCCCUGGCUGGAGGUCGCGUCCACCCUGCGCGACAUGAAGAGCCUGGUAUUUUCCGAGAUGUGGGACAUCUUCGCGGUGCGCUUGCUGAUGGCCGUGGCGGUCAUGCUGUACUACAGUAACUUUGUGCUGGCCCUGGAGGAGCGCUUCGGGGUGCGGCCGCGGGCGGCGGGCUACCUCAUCAGCUACAGCGGCGCGCUGGGCGCCCUGGCCGGCCCGGCGCUGGGGCCCCUGCUGCGGCUGUACAGGCACGACGGCCGCGCCAUCCUGCUGCACUCGAGCGCGCUCACCUGCCUGCUGCUGGUGCUGCAUGCCGCCGCCCGCUCCGUGGCCGUGGCCGUGCUCUGCUCCUCGCUGCUGGCCGUGUCCACCGCCGUGGGCAGGACCUGCAUCACCGACCUGCAGCUGGCGGCGGGCGGGGCGCGGGCCAGCGGCGCGGUCAUCGGCGUGGGGCAGUCGGUGACGGCCGUGGGCCGGAUCAUCGCCCCACUCCUCUCGGGGCUCGCGCAGGAGGUGAGCCCGUGCGGGCCCCCCAGCCUGGGGGCUGCGCUGGCCCUCGUGGCGAUUUUCCUGAUGUCCCUCAACAGAGCCCGCUAUGGCGGUGACGGCGGCGGCGGUGGUGGUGGGAGUGACAAAUUAAAACGUGCAUAGAAUGGAAGUGGGUGGAGGAUACCAACUCUGAGGCCCGGAAGGGUGGUUUCCCAGCAGGUGUGCUUCUGGGGCAGACGCCCAGGGCCGGCCUGCGGGCUGAUCAGGAGUCAGAACCUUGUCAAAGGGGAAGGUAUUAAACCGUAUGUAAAAGUCUCCUCUUCCAACCGGCCAGUGGGGUUAAAACUUUCCAGGGGGGGAGCCCUACCAGCUUCAGCACAGGAAGAGGGUGGUGGGAUUACAGAAGGUGAUGUGCUCCCCUGCUAAGUUAAAAAUAGGGUAACACAUUAAUAACACGAUCCGCUGGGACAGAGUCUUCAUAUCACGGUGUAUAAUUAAACUAAGGGGGUUUUUCUGCUAUCAGAAUCCUAGAGAUUAAAUAAGCUACUUUAUUGAAAUUAGCCUGUCCCUUUCUCAAGUGUAACAAGGUUCCAUCUGGGAAGUGCAGGGAAAAUCACGUGGCUGGCCUCACCUCCAGACAUUGAUUCUGUGGGCCUAGGGGAGGCCCAGAAACCUGUACUUAAUAAGCAACACUUGCACUUUCGCAUGGAGGCAGAAAAAAGGGUCAUUCGGAGACAUACUGGUUUUGAGUCAAGUCAAAGCCAGAGACUUGGUUGUGUUUAUUGAUGGCUAACUCAGUUUGAACUAUUAAGAUUAUGUGAUCCCGUUGUGUUACCUUCUCCCCAGCUCUUGGCAGUCACGCUCCAUAACAGGAGAAACAGGUUCGUGGAGUCUGUCCCUUGGGUCCACUGCCUUCGAGGUCCCAUGCUCUGCAGAGAGCUGAGGUUGUCAGUCUGGCUAGUUCUCCCCGGAUACCAUGCAUGAACUGCUUCCAGAAGCCGGUGCUCCAUUGGGCUGCAUCGGUUGGAUGAUGGUAGAGCCCAGUGGAGAAGACAAAGCACAGGAAUGCCUUUAAGAUGAACGUCUUGUGCAGUGUAAGAGUCUGGUGUCAUGCCUCAUCAGAUGGACUUAACUCUACAGUGUCUUAUGUUGAAAGUCAUUUCUUUCCUCUCAUUUUAAUAUACUACCUGAGAAUGAAAGAGCUACACUGAUCUAUAGGGAAAUGCCUUUUCCUAGGCCUAGGCUAAACGGUCAUUCCAAAAGUAGCACCCCAGGGUCCAGCUGAGAGGCUCAGAGUGAGGGUUAGCACAAACUCACAGGGAAGCAUCUGUGUGGUUCUUGCUACUUGGAUGAUGUCACCUAUUAAUAAUAAUUAUAUUGGAGCCCCCUCUCUUUUCCUCGCGCAAACUACCGAAGUUCACAUUCCUUUCAUUCUUUUUGAUUGGUCCACUAGGAAAUUAUUCCUGUUCUCAACCUAACACAUGUAUAAUUACAAAUGUAUUGUAUGUAAAGCAGAAAAAAAAAAUGUUUCUCUGGUUUUAGAAGUUGUGUAUGGGGUAAACUCAAAUAUUUAUGAUAAAGAAUUAUUUGGAUGUUUGAAGAUUGUCCUUUCUCCUCUCUAGCUACAAGGAAAAUGUUAACUUUUCAUUGAAGUGUUGUGAACUUUUAUACAAGCGCUAAGCGCUUUUGAGGAAAGCAAAAUACAAUAUAAAACGGCGUGGCCCUUCAGGAGCACACCAAAUCGUCACGGAGGUUGGACUCCGUGGACAAGAAGUAAUCAAGGGUUUAUGCAAUGAAGUAGAAUUUCUCCGGAGAUUAUCUUUUCUGUGAACUCAGAAACAGAGAAGUUUCUUAGACAUUCUCUAAUGUAGUCAUUAUUAAAUUUUUGAAAUCCUUGCACUUUAUUUUUGAAGUUAAAUAAAGCCUAUAAAUUUAUUAAGGCUUUACAGUUAAUCAGAUACAUGGAAAUACUGAAAACCAGGGUUGAUCUUCAUAGAGAGAGUAGAGAAACAUUUUUGUUAUUCUCCACGCUCGUGGGUUUUUUAAAGGUAAAUGUUAUACAGGCAUACCUCGUUCUAUGGCACUUCCUUUUGUGCAUCACAGAUACUGCGUUUUUUUACCAGUUGAAGGUUCGUGGCAACCGUGUGUUGAGAAGUUUAUCAGCAGCAUUUUUCCACCAGCAUUUGCUCUGUAUUUGGUAUGGGGAUGUGUGAUCAGUGAUCUUUGAUGUUACUGUUGUAAUUGUUUUGAGGUGCCAUGAACCACGCCCAUACAAGGGGGUGAAUUUAAUCGAUAAAUGUACGUGUUCCAACGGCUCCACCAACUGGCUGGUCACCCGUCUCUUGCCCUCUCCUCGGGCCUCCCUAUUUCUUGAGUUGCAACAAUAUUGAAUAUUGAAAUCAGGCCAAUUAACAACCCUACAGUGGCCUUAAAGUGAAAGGAAGUGUCAGCUAAUGUGGCAAACUUCCUCGCUGUCUUACUUUAAAAAUUGCCACAGGCCAUCCCAGCCUUCAGCAACCACCACCCUGCUCAACAUUGAGAAAAGACCCUCCACCAGCAAAAAGAUUGCCACUUUCUGAAAACUCAGAUGAUGGUUGGCAU